UGUCUGCGGGUUGCUUGGCCCGGGAUGUGAGAGGCGCCCGGGCGCCCGCGCCGCGAUGGAGCGCACCAGGAUCUUCGUGGCGCUGGAUGUCCUGUGCCUUGUGGUUGCCUCCUUGCCCUUCACCAUCCUGACCCUGGUGAACUCCCCCUACAAGAGGGGUUUCUACUGCAACGACAGCUCCAUCCGCUACCCAUACAAGAUGGACACCAUCACCCAUGGGCUUAUGGCCGGCGUGAUCAUUCCCUGCGUCGUUGGCAUUAUCUCUACUGGUGAGGCAUACCUUGUUUACACAGAACGCCUCUACUCCCGGUCCGAAUUUAACAAUUACCUGGCCGCCCUUUACAAGGUCGUGGGGACGUUCCUCUUCGGUGCAGCCAUCAGCCAGUCUUUCACAGAUCUGGCCAAGUAUAUGAUUGGGCGCCUGCGGCCCAACUUCCUGGCAGUCUGCGAUCCAGAUUGGUCAAAAGUAAACUGCUCGAUGUACGUCCAGUUGGAGGGUGUGUGCCAGGGAAACAUCAGAAACAUCACAGAGUCCAGGUUAUCAUUCUAUUCUGGACACUCCUCGUUCGGCAUGUACUGCAUGAUGUUUUUAGCGCUCUACGUCCAGGCCCGGCUAGUCGGGAGGUGGGCCCGGCUCCUGCGCCCCACCAUCCAGUUCUUCCUCCUCUCCUUUGCCAUCUUCGUCGGCUACACCCGCGUGUCGGACUUCAAGCACCACUGGAGCGACGUCUUGGUGGGCCUUCUCCAGGGAGCUCUCGUCGCUGUCCUCGUGGUCCGUUACGUCUCCGACUUCUUCAAACAACGCCCACCGCCGCCGUGUGCCGAGAAGAACACGAGCCGGAAACCUAGUGUUCCUCUCCCACUCAGUGAACCUGAGCACAACCAUUACAGUUACCGCACACCUACCUGAACUGUUGUGAGGAGAGGAGUUCUUCCUGUGCUUUCUUGAGCAGAAAUUUCAUCUGGACUUGCCGGAUGACACGGAAGAUCAGUGGGAAAUCCCUUCCCCUCUUUAUUAUUAUUUCCUCUGAGGUUGCUAUGCCCUUUACCACUGCAGAAUUCCUGUUUCCCCAGGGUUCCCCAGCCCUGCUUUCCUGCUUCAGGGAAGCAGUGAACAGAUCCGAACUCUCCAGAGUGCUGCCUAGGCCUUCUGAACCAAUCCUUUCCUUGUGGGAGUCCUCAAGUCUCCGUUUCAUGCAUGUGAGGGUUGCCAACUUUUUUCUUAAUCACUGCUCCUGUGCAGCUUUAAUGCGGCGGGCUCUGCAAACAUGAGCAGAUGUCGAUGCUCCUCUGCACAAUAUGGGACAAUUUGGCUGCCUGCAUCUGCCAAUCAAGCUGCUGUUAAAAAGGCACAAGAGUGGGCCCAGGUUGGUCUCUGGUCAGGUGGCAACCCUAAGCAAGUGAGUGGCAGAGAUUCUUUGGUGGGGGCGUGCAGAGUGCAGCUCAGCUCUGGUACUCUCCAUUUCUAGGAUGGAAUGAUUCCUAUUAGAGGGGCAAACAUCCCUUCAAGCAAGUAGCUUGCCCCCUAUCCUGCCCCUCACCCAUUUCUGUUUCAGAAAUCCAGCUUGCAGGACAUAGCUUGCCCACCCAUAAAUGCUCUUCUGUGCCCACCUCAAUUCUUCCCCCCCCCCAUUGUCAUGGGGUUCCAGCCCUCCCCUCUACCACACACCCAUAUGGUAUGGGUCCUCUGCAUGGACCCCCAUAUGCAGAGAGGCCUACUUCACUGCAGUUUUUGCCCUGAAUUAAAACAUAGGAACACACAGGAACACAGGAAGCUGCCAUAUACUGAGUCAGACCAUUGGUCCAUCUAGCUAAGUAUUGUCUUCACAGACUGGCAGCGGCUUCUCCAAGGUUGCAGGCAGGAAUCUCUCUCAGCCCUCUCUUGGAGAUGCUGCCAGGGAUUGAACUGGGAACCUCGAUGCUCUUCCCAGAACGCCUCCAUCCCUUAAGGAGAAUAUCUUGCAGUGCUCACACAUCAAGUCUCCCAUUCAUAUGCAACCAGGGCAGACCCUGCUUAGCUAUGGGGACAAGUCAUGCUUGCGACCACAAGACCAGCUCUCCUCUCCGGGAGAUGGGCGGAUCCUGUGAAUUGGGCUUAAACAGAGUUGAUCUUCUGCAUGGAAUGCCCCAGGAAUGGGCUCGUAGCCCAGUCGGUUUCCGAGCUGGACCCAGGGUGGAAAAGAACAGGAAGAUCACGUCCAAGGAACAUUCUGCAAAAGCUAAACAACAUCUUUAACCAUCUCUGUGCUGAGGACCGAUUUCUGAAGGGGAAAGGGUUAGAUCACUCAGCCCUGUGGCUUGUUGCUAUAUGACGUGAAUCGGGACAGUUGGAAUUGGUUUGGAAUCCGUGCACCUGGGUGGAUUUCCCCCCCAACUGGUCGUGAGUGUUGGCAACGUAUGUUGGUUCUUUGGGGACCAACUGGACUGCAUUUCUCUCUUUGGUCAGCAAUUUCAUCCCGAUCCUUUUAUUGCUGGGAUGAAUUUAUGGAAUAUUGACUCUUCUUCCCAUCGUUCUUUGCUUCCCCUCUAGACAUCUAGUGCUUUCUUUUAGAAGUACUUUCAAAUCCACCUCAACCUUUCGAGGAGUGGCUUAUUCAAGUCUCUUCUUGUUGUGUGCUCAGCGCCUUGAGGGAAACGGUAUAUUUGGGGUUUUCUUGUUUUCCUCUCGAUGGCUUUAUGACAACGUUCCAUUAAUAGAGAUGUUUGGGCAAUGACAUCGUUCUAAAAUGGAAAGGGCCAGCGUGCUGGAAGUGGUUUCUCCAGGGUUUGGGCUGGGAGUGGGGGGACGUAUUUAAACCUUCACCUUCCUUCUGCUGCCAGGACUGGGAUCCAGAAUCCAUGAAUCCAGUGGUAUGCACAUAAUUUAGCAUUUCCUGCUAAAAGAUAACAAAUGGCUUGCCAGCAUUUUGAAAAGCCAUCUGUCUUCGUUGCAGUGGGUCUAACUGUUGCAAGGUCCUACCAAGGACCCUCCCUGGGAAUUGUAGUUUUCUUCGAUGAAGGCAGGGGUUCUCAAAGUUGGGUCCCCAGAUGAUGUUGGACUACAACUCCCAUAAUCCCCAAACACCAUUGUGGCUGGGGAUUAUGGGAGCUGAAGUCCAACAGCGUAAGUUAAGACAUCUCUGGCUUGCCUUUGGGUCCCGUAAGACCCUCGAAGGUGGCAAACAACAAAAUAACUGAGUAGGAAGAAAAACAAAGAGAAUGAAAAACACAUUUUAAAAGGCGGUUCAAUGUCAUGAGCUUUUUUGUGGGGGUGCUGCCAUGUAAAUGGGUAAAAUCUGUGCAGGAUCAGCCUGACCUUUUUACUUGUUUUAGGAAAACUGAUGGAGAAGAAAGUGUGGGGUAAUUGCCAAAAUAAGGGGAUGAUUCCCAAAUAAGCUGCAUCUCAUGAAUGUUAGUGCCUGUUUACUCCCUGCCUCGCCAAAGAGAUAUUGACGCAGCCCAUUUUUACUUGAAACCCAUCAUGGCUGUCGCCAAAGAAUCCUGGGGUUUGUUAUUUAACAACUAGAUUCUCAGCACCCUCACCAUGACUUGAGGCAAUAGGCUGGAAUUCUAAGGAAGCAGAUUGGGGCUUGCUGUGAAGGAGAAUUUGCUGAUGGUAAAAGCUGUUGGACAGUGGAACAGCCUGCCUCAUGCAGCGGCGGGCUCUUUUGCUGGGGGUUUUCAAACAGAGGCUGGACGGUGAUCUGUCAGAGAUGCUGUAGCAGACGCCUGCACGGAGCAGAAGGCUGGACUAGACGACCUCUAAAGUCCCUUCCAACCCUAACAUUAACCCAUUCUAACUCUAUGAAGCUAUUCUCACAAGCAGCAGGGAUUGGGCAAAGGGAGCCCAGCCCGUUUCCUGCUACUCGUGUGUAGCGACGGGAGCCGUGCGGCUUCUGGCAGCAGCUUGAUUGUGUCUUGUAUCUAUUUUAUUGUUGUAAGCCACACCGAGCAGUGGUGCGCUGGAGAGGCGGGGUAUAAAUAUUUUAAAGAAAAUAAAGAAAAAUAAGUAAGCCCACUUACAUACGGAGCCUACCACUUAAAUCUGAGUUUUGGGCAUGAGAUCGCCUGAAAAGCGGGUUAAAUGAUCGUGUGUCAGUGCGGCUCUGCACCGCAAUGACUCACGAGUAGCCUCCCUCCCGGCAUCGGGAAGCUCCCCAAAACAGGACACCCAGGGGCCAGGAGGCCCCUGAACCCCUCCGCCCCAACCAGCUCCGUGAGCCGGUAUUCAUCUCGGUGGCCCAUCCAGCUACCCAGGGAGGGCUCCCUGCAAACCCCCUUUCGGCUCUACACACGGAUCGUGUGUAGAGCCUUUAUGGUGCCCACAAGGUGGGUAAACUAAAAAUGCAGUGAAAUAAUCAGUUACAAAACCCAGCAGAGGUUUAAUUAAAACACACACAAAUGGCCAAACGUUAAAUUUUAUUUAAUGUUCACAAUAUUUUAUUCAGUCCUCAAAAUAGAAUUAUACUACAUGGAGGGUUUUUUAAAAAAAAUUAUAAUGCUUUAUUCAAAUCCUUGCCAAAAAGCAGAGUUCAGGAUCUGCUUGAAAGCACGGAAGAUGGGAGCUUAGGAGGGAUUUCCAUGACUCUGGUGCCCACUAAAUAAAGGAUGUGGAUUUUCUCUUGUAUGCUAGUAUUUUACUUGGAAAAACUGUGUUAAAUGGAAUUAUAACUGUCCUGCAAUCCACGGCUAACCCAUGACCAAAGUUAAGGAAACCAAUGUGGAUACUGGAGGUCUCUGUGCCAAACACUCAUCGGGGUGGUGGUGUGGGGGGGGACCAGAAUUAAUCAAAAACCAACCCAUCAUUUCUCGAUGGCUUCCUCUUGGUUUCUCUCGCUGGAUGUGAGCUUGGUGGUUGUGAAAAGCAUGGUAAGAAACAUGAUGUGGGCAGGAUGGUGUCGGCGUGUUGGAAGCUGCCUCUUGCAUUCCAGAAUUCUUGGCAGGAAGAACAGCACAGCGUGUCUGGACAGAGCAGGCCCUGGAAAAGGUGUCCCUGGAGUUGGCACACUGGAGUUAGAGGAGUGUAUCCAGAUCUAUGAAACCAAAACCGGAGCACCUUUGGGGGCCCAGCUACUCUGUGGAGGGUGGCAUUGAUUUUUGUCAGGACUGCAGCACAGAGGCGGGGGACAUUAAAAUGAGAACUUAGGAACGGAAGCUGCCUACUGAGUCAGUUUCUUGGUCCAUCUAGCUCAGUAAUGUCCACACGAACUGGCAGCAUUUCUCCAAGUCUCUCUCAGCCUGACCUGGAGAUACCAGGGGAUUGAACCUGGGCUGGGUCUUAAUGCGUGCAAAGCAGAUGCUCGGCUCAGUGGCCGAGCAUCUACUUUGCAUGUGGUACAGCCCCAUCCCUAAUACCCUCUUCCCACCUAACCAGAACUAAAAAUGUCUUGGUUGCCUUGAACCAGAAACAAACCCUUAAAUGCAAAAGGUGUUAGAGAAAGACUGUAGCUUGGUUGGAAGAGCAUCUGCUUAGCAUGCAGAAGUCCCCGAUUCAAUCCAUGGCAGCAUCACCAGGUAGGGUGGGGAAAUACCCAUUUAAAAAAAGACAAAACAUGGAGAGAGGCACUGCCGGUCAGGGCUGGGAAUUAACCCUCAGAAAUCGUGGAGAGCUGCUGCCAGUCAGAGUCAAUGCUGAGCUAGAUGGACCAAGGGUCAGAUUCAAUAGAAAGCAGCUUCCUAGGUUUCCUAUAUUCCUAUGAUAUUCCAUUCAAAAUGAAUGGUUUAAUAAUCCAGGCACUCGGCUCUGAAUUUUAUGAUUAAUGGUUUGGUUUUUUCCUGGCUGUAUUGUGGUGGUGUUUUUUUAAAAACUCUCUGGUAGGUAUGUGUUUUGUAAAACCCUUUAGGAAGCCAUUUGUUCCCAAAUAACCUUUUAAAAUAAAUAUUUAACGAAA